CCCCAAUUCAUUCGUCACUCACUCACCCUGGACUGGAGAACUCUGAACUCUGAACUCUGAAGCAAAGGGAACACUAUCCCUUCUUCGCCGCCGCCGGUCCCAGGUCGUCAGCGCCGCCGCCGUCCCCAGGUCCUCAGCGCCGCCGCUUCUUCCUCUUCCCCGUGUCCAGAACUCAGUUGCUCGGCACGUCCUCUUCAUUUUCGCUGGCUUCUCGGCAGGAACCCAGAUUGCUGCACUAAAUCAAUUGAGAUAUAUUUGGAAUUUUGGAUUGGACUAACGCGAAGCAGAAGCCAUUUCACUUGAUGUUAGUUUGGUACUUGAUGUUAGUUUAGAAGAAGAAGCCAUUUUGGAGUGAAAUCAGUUUUACAUCUUAUUAGUGUGUUGCUUGUUGACCGUACUAGAUUAGUAGGAAAAUCUUCACCAAAAGCUAUAAUUAUACUUUAGGAUGUAUAUUUAUAAUUUAUUUAUUAUUUUAUUCUAAAAUGGUUUUUUCGGUUGAACCACAGUUGGACCGAUUAAACCAGUGAACCAGUGACUAGAACGGUUCGAUGACUGGUCCGGUUCUCAGAACCUUGAUAAAGAUAAAACAUAUUAAUUUUGAGUGCGAGGGUAUGGGAAUGUGAAGUGAGAAGGGAGAAGGGAGAAGGGAGAAGGCAAAAACCUUGGUAUCGUAGCAGAGCACAUAGUGUGGGAACCCCCAAAUGGUUGUUCUCAUACUUGUACCAAAAUCUGCACUCUACAUGUUUGAAUCUUUGCUCAUUGAUGAUGUUAUCGAUUGCUUCAAAUAUAACAACUUCGAGGUUCCUUUGUUAUUCUCUACAGCAGCUACAGCAGCAACAACUUGUUCUCUCUGUGUCUUGUUUUCACUCCGCCCUCACCUUCCACCUUCCACUCUCCUCCUCUUACCCUUUGUUUUUUUCAACAGCGGCAUCUCCUGACAAAGAGAUAGCAGCGGAGAAAGUCUUGAAGGAAUUUCAUGCCACAAUUGAAAAUGCGGCAGCAUCAAGUGUCAAAGGUUAUGCUGCAUAUAUUGAUAAGAUGUGCAAGAUUGGAAAUCUUUCUGCUGUGAGUCAAAUGCUACAAGCUUUACAAGACAGGAACAUUUCUGUUCCCCCUAAUGUGUAUAUUGUCUUCUUAGCAGAGGCAAGUCAGAAGAGUGACAUAGACCUUUCGUGUCAAGCCUUCAAGAAAUUAUUGCUGUCCUCUAAAUCCCCAAGUGCAGCUUCAUGUCUUAGUUUUGCCCAGGCUUUCACAAAAGCCAAUGGUUGUAUCGAGCUACUCAGAUUCAUUGAAGAAGUAUCAGAAAUAACUUGUUCGAGUACAUCAUUUGUAAACAAGAUCAUUUUCGCCCUUGCCAAAAGUGGACAGAAGGAUAAGGCCUUGGUGAUAUUUGAUUAUCUUAAGAGUCGUAACUAUAGUCUUGACUUGGUCACAUAUAAUAUUGUUCUAGAUAUAUUGGGCCGUACAGGUCGUGUGGAUGAAAUGCUUGAUGUGUUUGCAACCAUGAAGGAAGCUGGUUUUGUCCCGGAUAUUGUUUCUUAUAAUACUGUAUUGAAUGGAUUGCGGAAGGCUGGAAGAACAGACAUGUGUAUUGUGUAUUUUAAGGAAAUGAGUGAGAAUGGCAUCGAACCGGAUUUGCUUACAUAUACUGCAUUAAUUGAGAGUUUCGGCAGAUCAGGAAAUGCUGAGGAAUCUUUGAAAUGCUUCAGGGAGAUGAAACUGAAGGGGAUCCUCCCUUCAAUAUACAUCUAUCGAUCGCUAAUCAAUAAUUUAAACAAAUCAGGAAAGGUUGAGUUGGCAAAAGAGCUUCUAGAGGAGAUGAAUUCGUCUUCUACUCGUCUAGCUGGUCCCGAAGAUUUCAAGCAUAAAAGAAGACGAAGAAACAAGCUGACUGAGGGUCCCGAAGUGCGUUAGUUAUGUUGGUAUGCUGUUCUCUGUCAUUUCUUAGUUGUAAUAGCAUUGCCGUAGGAAGCUGACCCUCAUGCAUGUCUUUGAGAUUGAAUUGUUAGAUAUGUGCAAAGGAAAAGUGUAGUAUUGAAUAUUGAUUAAUUCAUUUUGUUCUUUACUUAUUGGAAUGAUCAGCUAAUUUGUUGAGGCACAUAAUGAAUUUGCUUCUUCCAAC